AUGCGUCGAAGCACUACCCAACCAGAGAUUCCUCUCCCCAUCACAUACACCCCGACUACGCAUCGCAUCAGCAAAGCGAAGAAGGGCAAACGGGUUCAUGCAUGCGAGUACCCGGGAUGCAACAAAGUUUUUACCAGAGCAGAGCACAGAAGACGGCAUGAGUUGAACCACAACCCCGAGGCACUGUUCCGAUGCGCCCACCAAAACUGCAAGAAAGCAUUCCACCGUCCUGACUUGCUUGCGCGCCACAUGGAAAGACAUGAGCUCGAGGCCCAGAUGGACACCACCGCACAAUGGCAGCGUCAGAACCGCGCCUCGGUCAUGUCUGAGACCUACGUGCCCAAGUGCACACCUGUGGACACCCACCCGACUCCCUAUCUCACCGUCACCCAGCCCCAGAACGCCAUGUCAGUAGGAUCGCUUGUUGGACCGGCAAUUCACCCCGACUUUUCCAGUGACUGCGGCUUGAUGUGGAACGGAGUCGAUUUGCAUUCGGCACCCCACACCCCAUUGUACCAGGGCCCUCAGAUUCAUGAAUCGAUCGAAGACAGUCGGUUUUAUGCCACCCCAGACACAUGCCCCUCGCCCGCCUCGGAUGGCUCGCUCUCACUUCACUCCUACUCUCGAUCUUCAGUGGUAUCGACGCCCGUUACCACAGUUGAACCCUAUCCCGAGAGUAUCAUCGAGCACGACUUGACCUCCUCGCCUCUUUCAAUGCAAUCACGGAUGGGCUGCUGGGAACAGCAGGACAUCAGCCUGCCUUCCAUGAACAUGAUGCCUAUUCCCCUUACAGAAGGUCUUCUUCAACCAUCUCUCCACUGCGCCUACCCAUCGCCUAGCUGGUCAACACAGAUCCUACACUACGACGAGAAUGCGCUACCGCCUGCCGCCUUCCCUCCCACCAUGGGCUGGAAGUCCUGGACGAUGUGA